CGCUGUGGCCUAGGGAAUGGAAACAUCUGACCCACGUGCCGGAAGCCAGGUUGCGGCGACGAAGGCGCGCCACUGCGACCCCUACGACGCCGAGUCUCCAAGUGUGUCAUCGCGAGAUCAGUUCACCGAAAUGGCCGCGUCCACUCAAGGACAUUUUGAGUCACUGGACCUUGCAGAAUAUGCUAAAAAGCAGCCAUGGUGGCGCAAGCUGUUUGGGCAGGAAACUGGCCCCUCAGCUGAGAAGUAUAGUGUGGCAACUCAGCUGCUAAUUGGAGGUGUCACUGGAUGGUGCACAGGCUUCAUAUUCCAGAAGGUUGGAAAGUUGGCUGCAACAGCUGUGGGAGGAGGAUUUUUUCUCCUUCAGAUUGCAAACCAUACUGGAUACAUCAAAGUUGACUGGCAACGAGUAGAGAAGGACAUGAAGAAAGCUAAGGAACAGCUGAAGAUCCGUAAGAACAACCACAUACCUACAGAGGUGAAAAGCAAAGCUGAGGAGAUGGUGUCAUUCGUGAAGAAGAACGUUCUAGUGACUGGUGGAUUUUUUGGAGGCUUUCUGCUUGGCAUGGCAUCCUAAGGAGAACAACUUCACUUCCAUUAGUCCUGAUUUUUCCACCUAGACCAGCCUCUUCACUCCAUCAUAAGACAUCGAGCCUCCUCUUCCUCCCUGACCUCUUCUCCUGUGCCUUCCUCCCUGCUGUAGCAUAUCCGAAUGGCUUCUAUAGGCAUCUGUUGGUACAAACUGAUACAGCCCUACUGUGAGCCUCACUACAACAGCGGAAGAGACAAUAGACAUUAGCUCUCCUCCCAGAACACUCCCCACUUGACUAAUGUAUAGGUCAGCAAGAAUGUUCCUUUCCCCCCUACAUAACAUACUAGCACACAGUGCAAGAUGGCUCACCAUGGAGGAUGAAUGGAUCCUCAAAGAUUGCCCCAAACUUGAUUUGGAAAAGGAAUAACAAGCACGUAGACACCUCAUUAUGUGCUCCAUGGGAAGGAACUGAAUACAUUUGCCUUUAACCAAGAAAGAUUUUGGUGUCUACUUUCUUUUUUAGUUGGUUUUAGAUUACAAAAAGAGGUAUUUAUAACUGCUAUAGUAAUCCUGGCAUAAGCACUGCAAUUGAAAAAUUAUGCAUAUAGAAUGAACUUGUGCUAAACGUAUAUAUGCUGCACUGAAGAUACUGUGUUUGGUGGGAAAAUCUUUAGGGAAAUUAACCAAUAGAUACAGUGUAUAGUCAGACUUAACAAAUCAUUUUGGGGCAUUAAAGAUGUUAUCUGGGUUUUCCACCAUACAGAAUAAUGCAUCUCGUGGCUAUUCCCAAAGGGUUUGUUUAUGGUAAAAUAAGUGACUUUAGGUGAGAGAAGGAGGAAGCUCUUGGAUUUUUGGUUUUAAGCUUUGAAAUGUGAGGUAUUCUUUACUUCUUGACAAAGCAUUAGGACUAGUCCUAGCUCCUCUGCCAAUUCUACUAUUUCUUUAUCCAGUUAGUAUAAAAUAUAUAAACAUUUGAACCAGAGUGUUAAAGAGGUAGCAUCCCAGGUAUUCAGAAUUGAAAAUGGUGGCAAUAGCACAUGUGAAAUAAAUUAUUUCCAUCAUGAAAUGUAAUCUGCUGUCUCAUGACUCUGACUCUUUAGACUUACUCUUUAAAAUAAAAGUAUAUGGACACACAUA